AUGUCACUUUCAAACGAAGUAGAUAGGGCUCUAUUAGCUAUCGAUAGAAGAAGUAAUCAUCUAUCAAGUGAGCAAAUGCGCCAUCACGAGGAAGUGUUGAGCAUAUUUAUUGCAGCGGAAGAUGAGGAAGAUGAUCCGUUUGUCACCGACGACGAUAAUGAUGAGGAUUAUGUUCCUGUUGAUGACGAAGAGGUGUCUGAUAUUGAGAAUGAGCUGGGGGUUGAAGAAGAAUUGCCUGAAAACGAAGAAAUGUAUGAAGUUGAAUGGGAUGAAGUAAUCGAACCAGAGCAUAGUGUCUCAAAUCUUACCAGUGGAGUGAAUCGAUUACUAGGUGAAAAAGAGCAAUGUUACGAGUGCAAGAUUGACAAUAUGUUUUGGAAAAAGGAACCGCCAGCACCUAGAGCACGCCAUUGGAACCGAUUUACCAGUAUCAGCACCAGACCAGUGGGACCUGCUCAUCGAUUUCUGCCAAAUCCAGUGUCUAUUUUUCCUGACAUAAUGUCACCCCACAGACGAAAUGGAAAUGUCAUAAUCAGUAUCGAGCAACGCGAUAUAGAAACCGUAUUUGAGUGGAAAAAGCUCGACUAUGGAUUUCCUACUGAAGAAGAUCGUCAAGAGGCGUUGAAUAAUGGCAAAUUUGUGCCCAAUAAUGGUUUUCCAAUCGGUAUGGCACCACAUCGUCAAUCACAAAAUGAUACACGAGUGUUCGUCACGAUCCCCAGAUUCCAAACAGGCAUUCCAUACACACUGGCGACUGUGAAUGAUACAGAAGAUGGCCCUGUUCUGUAUCCAUAUCCAAGUUAUGAAUGGCAUACUGCUCAGGGAAGUAAUUGUGAUAACAUUACUUCGGUAUUUCGUGUGGCGUUAACAGAGUGUAAUCAGAUGGUGGUCCUUGAUACGGGCAUGGUCGGCUUCACUCAAAAUUGUCCGCCACAACUACUGGUAUUCGAUUUAAAUACAGAUACAUUAGUUCGUCGAUAUCACCACUGGCUGUGGUGCAUGAUCCUCCUCCAAGCGGCACCUGCCAGAACUUUCAAGUGUACAUUGUACGCUGACGUCUCGUAUCACGGUCUCGUUAUUUAUGACUCGGAGCAGAAUACCGCCUGGCGUGCCGAGAAUAAAUUCAUGUACCCAAAUCCCGAUUAUGGCACUCACACCAUUGCUGGUGAAAACUUCACGCUGAUGGAUGGCAUAUUUGGUUUGGCCACCGAUCAACGUCAACUCUACUUCCAUCCAUUGGCCAGCAAUAGUGAAUAUGCAGUGCCAUUGAAUGUGUUGAACAAUCGUACCAAUUGGGCUAACAACUCGGGGGCAAUGGAAGAUGAAUUCCGUUCAUUGGGCCAGCGUAGUAGUGAAUGUGCAGCCGAAACAAUGGAUAGUCAGAAUAAUCUCUAUUGUGUUACAUUCAAUCCAAUUCAGUUGACUAUGUGGAAUACUAAUACGACUUUCAAUGCAACAAAUGUGUUGGAAGUGCCAGCAGAUCCGAGUCUAAUAGAAUUUGUCAGCGACAUGAAGGUGUUCAAAAACGAUGCAGGCAUAGAAGAAUUGUGGAUGAUAUCAAUUCGUUUUCAGAAAUUUUUCCUAGGCACUUUGAAUAGCAGUGAAGUUAACUACCGAAUUUUGAGGCGGCCGCUUGAUGACAUACAAAAUCUGAACUAG